AUGGAGCCCUUCCUCAGGAAGCAGCUGACCUUCCUGUCCUUCUUCUGGGACAAGAUCUGGCCGGCGGGCGCGCCGCGGUUCCCGAACCCGGACUCCGACGCCGACGUGGAGCCGGAACCCGCGGCACCCCCCACCGCGGAGCCCUGCAACCCCCCCGGCCCCCGCCGGGGCGCUGACUUCACGGCGCGGACCGCGGAGGAGCUGAGUGUCAGCCGCGGGGAGAGGCUGCACGCCCUCAGGGAGGAGGGCGGCUACAUCCUCGCCCGCAGGCUCUCGGGCUGGCCCAGCAGGGGGCUGGUGCCCAUCACCUACGUGGCCAAGGCCGCCCCUGAGACGCUCUGGAACCAACCCUGGUACUUCAGUGGCAUGGGCCGAACCCAGGCCCAGCAGCUGCUCCUGUCCCCACCCAGUGCGCUGGAGGCCUUCCCCGUCCGGCCCAGCGAGAGCAGCCCCAGGGACUACUCACUGUCAGUCUGGGCCCGGACCAAAGUCCACCACUACCGCAUCUCCACCGCAGCCAACGGCAGCCUCCACCUGCAGCUCGUCCCCAGCCUGGAGGAGCUGCUGGCCUAUUACAAGGCCCACUGGAAGCUGAUCCAGAGCCCACUGCUACAGCCCUGUGUGCCCCAGGUGGGCCCAAGCCCCCCUGAGCAGGACGAGUGGGAGUGGCCCCGCUGCGCGUUCACCCUGCGGAGGGAGCUGGGUGGGGGCUACUUCGGGGAGGCGUGAGGCCUGUGGCUGGACCCCACGCUCGCGGCGGUCAAGGCCAUCAGACCAGCUGACGUGAAGGUUGCCCACCUGGCCCAGGAGAUCCAGACGCUCGUGAGCCUGGGGCACGAGUGCCUCAUCGGGCUGCACGCGGUGUGCUCCGCGGGCGAGCCCGUGUACAUCGUCACCGAGCUCGUGCGCAGGGGCAGCCUGCAGGCCUUCCUGGGCAGCGAGUGUCGCGGAGAUCAUGAAGGCAGCCAGGGGCCCCUGGGCCCUCAGGGACGUACCCUCCUUUCGCCCUGCUCGGUGUCCUGGAACGCCGAGCCCGAGCCUUGCCGCUGUCUCAAUGCCCCUGCAAAGCCUGGGCUCAGCGGGGGAGAACCCACCUAA